AUGAAACCUGAGGUGUACAAAGCAGCAGUAAGAGGAGACAUGAGCAUCAUAAUCGGUGGUGCUGCGGCGUCCGAAAGCGAGUUGCAGUCUCUGACAUCCAGCAACAACAACAUCAUACACAUAGCAGCAAAACAUGGGCAAGCAGAAUUCAUAGAAGAAUCACUUAAGUUUUCGAGGGCGAAUUUGAUCAACCAACAGAACAUCAAUGGUGAUACACCUCUUCAUGUAGCAGUAAGGCAUGGUGAAAAAGUUGCUGCUAAGUUACUAGCAGCUGAUAAUCCAGGCAACCUGUUAAUAGCUCAAAAUGAAGAUGGGGAUACCCCACUUCACAUUGCUCUAAAGUACGGCUACAUAGAUUUGGCUUGUGACCUUUCUGAAAGGCCUGAAAGUCUCUCAUUGAUUAAUCGUUAUAAGGAGACUCCUCUGCAUUUGCUUAUUAGAUGCAUGCCUACCGUUGUAAAAGCUGUAGUAGAACAGCCAACCUCGUCAUUGCAAAUGGGGAUGCUAAACUCCAAUGGUGUAUCCUCCUUUCCAAACUCAUAUUUCAUAGACAACACGUUAGAGAGCUUAUUGAGGCACUUCCUAUCAUCAUACCAGAAUGCUGCAUGCUUGCGCGAUGCAGAGGGCCUCACACCAUUACUAAGAGCAGCUCAUUAUGGUUUUUUCAUGGCUGUGGAAAUCAUACUAAAGCUUUGUCCUGAAUCUGUGGAUGUCUAUGAUCCCAAAGGACGAACUGUUUUACAUUAUGUGCAUUUCGCCGCUUUUAUGAUUCUCCAAGAUUUGUUCAAGAUUCCAGAAAUUGAUGCUCUUAAAAAUGUGAAAGAUUGUGAAGGGAACACACCUGCUCACCUUGCUGUGUUUAAUGGAGACCUGUUACUUAUAAAAGUCUUACAUGAAUCCAUGGCGGACUUCUCUCUUAAGAAUAACCAGAAUAUAUCAGCUGAAGAGCUGAUUGAAUCCCAUGAAGGCUUUUUUGGCAAAAUGGAGGAAGCAAUGUUUAAUUCCUUUACUGGUAUAAGGAUAGAAAAGGAGCUGUAUGAAGCAGCUGCAGUGAAGGGGGAUGUAACGUUAUUCGAUAGAUUGGAGACAACUACCAACAUAUCUGGUAGAGAAUUCAGAUAUGAUGUUGCCAUGCUUUUAUCUAGAACAACUAAUGGAAGCACCAUCCUACAUUUAGCCACACAAAACAGUAAUUCUGCAUUUGUAAAGAAAACUCUAAAGCAUUUCCCCACUCUACUUCUCUCAAGAAAUUACAGUGGUGAUACUGUUUACCAUAUUGCUGCUCGGCUUAAGGACCCUGCAGCUGAAGUCAUGGUGAGUUGGUUUAAUGAUUAUUAUCGCCUACUUAAGGUAAUGAAAUCAGAGCCUGAGGACGUUAUAUGUUACACCCCACCAUGGAUAACCAAGAAUUCCAAAGGCAACACAGCUAUUCAUGAAGCAAUGCGCGUAAGCAAUUAUAACAUUGCUGUAGAGUUGUUACAUAUGGCUUCUUCUUUAUCCGCAGACACAAAUAAUGCAGGAGAAACAGCUCUUCAUGUAUAUGCUAGAUAUGCCACAUACACUGGUAACAUGUUCUUUAAUUAA